AUGUUCACCAAGAAGAGCCUCCUCGCUUUCGUAAGCUGCCUGGCCAUGGCCGCAGCGGAGACCACCACCAUCGAGAACCCGACUCCCGCUGAGAUUGAGGCUGCUCAGGCCUCUGUCCUGCCCUACUCGCCCGUCUCCAAUGUCAGGGGUCUCGCCUUUGACCGUUUCGUCGAUGUCUGGAUCGAGAACACUGACUUUGCCACCACUGCUGGUGACAAGAAUUUCGAGGCAUUGGCCAAGGAGGGUAUCCUGUUGACCAACUACUUCGGCGUCACUCACCCCUCCGAGCCCAACUACUGCGCCUCCGCUGCUGGUGACGACUUCGGCAUGGACAAUGAUGACUGGCACCAGAUCCCCGCCAACGUCUCUACCAUUGCCGACCUCUUCGACACCAAGGGCGUUGCCUGGGGCGAGUACCAGGAGGAUUUGCCCUAUGCUGGUUACCAGGGCUUCCGCUACCCCGAGACUGGAGCCAAUGACUACGUGCGCAAGCACAAUCCUCUGAUCCUCUUCGACUCCGUCACCAAUGACGCUGUCCGUCCCCGUCAGAUCAAGAACUUCACCACCUUCUACGAGGACCUGGAGCACCACCGUCUGCCCCAGCACAUGUUCAUCACCCCCAACAUGACCAACGAUGCCCACGACACCAACGUCACCUUUGCCGGCGAGUGGCUCAACCGCUUCAUGACCCCGCUCCUGAAGAAUGACUACUUCACCAAGGACACCCUCAUCCUUGUCACCUUCGACGAGACCUCCACCUAUCUCCAGGAGAACCGCGUCUACUCCAUCCUCCUUGGCGGCGCCGUCCCCGAGCACCUCAAGGGAACCAAGGACGACACCUUCUACACCCACUACUCGGUCAUUGCCUCCCUCAGCGCUAACUGGGGUCUCCCCUCCCUUGGCCGCUGGGACUGCGGUGCUAACCUGCUCAACCUUGUUGCCGAGAAGACCGGCUACGUUAACUGGGAGGUUGAUCUCGCGACUAUCAAUGCCAAGGACUACUUCAACCAGACCGCCCCCGGCCCUCUGUCUGACAACAUCUACUCCAAGUACACUUCCCAGUGGCCCAUCCCCACUGUCAACGAGCGCUGCACUGCUGGCCACGGUAUCCUGGAGACCGUUAAGAAGACCUACAAGGGUCAGAAGGCUACUUACAACUACAUCAGCCCUGUCCCAUACAGCGCCGCUGCUGGUAUUAACGUUGGUGUCAAGUACACCCGUACUCUGAAGAAUGGCCACAAGGAGAGUGGUAUCACCAACUAG